UUCACAUCACACUACUAACUGCACGCUAUAUCUCCGCUUAACGUCUUCUUUUUACCGCUGGAACCGGUUCUUUCGUGAUCACAAUGAUAGCCCUCACAAGCGCCACAGGCAAGCUCGGAUCCGCGGUCCUCAACGCCAUCCUUGAGAGUAAGCUCGUCGAACCCACAGAACUCGUCAUCUGCACGUCAACGAACCCCCUCGAUGAACGCUUCAAUACCUACCGCGAUCGGCACAUCACCGUACGCUACAAUAACUUCGACCAGCCCGAGUCGCUCGAGCGCGCCUAUACAGGAUGCGAGAAGCUUUUCCUCGUCUCCACGCCUCGCAUCGCGAUGGACUACAACGACGCGCCGUUGUGGAAAGGAAGGGAGGCACACCACCGAGCGGCUAUCGAUGCGGCGGUCAAGGUCGGCGUCAAGCAUAUUUACUACACGUCGCUCGCCUUCGGGAACCCGUCGAAAGCGGGCGUCAUGCGGGCGCAUAUCCGCACCGAGACCUAUCUUAAUGAGCUGGCUGAGCAGGGAAAGGUCAACUAUACAAUCAUCCGGGAGGGACUGUACAACGAGAGCUGGCCACUGUACUUCGGGUACUACUAUGGCCUCAAAGACGACAAGAGGAAAGAAGUCAUCGUAGCUGGAGACGGGCCGAUAUCGUGGACUGCAAUUGCCGACAUGGCGUAUGCGACGGCGAGGAUCCUCAGCGCCCCAAGCGCCGAGUGGAUGGGAAAGACCCUUUACCUCUCGCAGAACCGGACCUGGACGCUGCACGAAAUCUCACGAAUCGUCAGCAGGGUGAGAGCAGAAGAUGUGAGUCUGAAGGUCGUAUCGAGGAAGGAGUAUGAGGAUUAUUAUGUCAAGGAGAAGAACAUGGAGAGGCCGGCUGUGGAGUGGUGGAGCACAACGUACGAGGCGCUGAAGGAUGGGGAAUGCGACAUUAAGGACGCUACGCUGGAGAAGAUCUUGAAUGAGGCGGGACGGAAACUAAAGCCUCUCGAUGCGACGAUUGAAGAAAUGCUGGGUUGAAUACCUUUCAUGAUUAUGAACUCGUCCCGAAGAACCUUCUAUCAGAACUGCGCGUACGACUUUGUGCUUCACUCCCUCCUUACUCGGGUUGCUGGUACCAAGCGUCUCGCAAAGCCAUUCCGAGCUUCCCUUCCUGUACGAUUCUUCGCGGACGCCCCAUGCGUGAUCUAGUUCCCACUACUCCAAGGAUGGAGAAGUUUUGCGCUAAAUGUAGGUAUAGAAUACUUGAACCGAGCAGCAAGAGGCGGCUUUUUGAGAUACCGUACGC